AUGAAGUCAAGGUUUGUGCUUCUUAACUCUCUUGUCCCCAUCGAGGAAAUUCGCCCUGGUGGACUCGUCUCCGAACUUCUCUCUCCACAAACCAACGCCUUCGCUGGCAAUCUCCCACCGGAAAGUACCGAUGUGUACAUCGAUGAAAACGACAAUUUUGGCGUACUGUUGGCAAAUUCCAGUGAGGGCGCAUUUCGAUCCAACCUCACCAAACUUUUGAGGACAUCAAGCACGAUUGGCAACGAAGAGAGCGUGCAACUGUCAUCGGCCCGAUCCCGAAGCAUCGAGCUCAGACAACCCAGGAAAGUCUUCAUCCAACUCUGCAAAUCAUCCGAGGUCCGGCAAUGGCUAGAGGACGGCGUUAGAGAGGGCGCAAAGAGUUACUUGGUGGUCGGGUUCCCGGUCAGCACUAUCGCGAGCGGUGGAGCCGAUAUCUUGGGCCUUGGUGCGGCGUUAGAUGUAGGAGUUGGAGCCGAUCAUAGCAGAAGCCAUAGUGAUUCUGUCUACUUCCAUGCUCGGGGUGAGAAGGUCUGGGCUAUCCGCUAUCAGAAAAUCUCUUUCAAGCUGUUCAAGCACAGGUCCACCGAGACCGCAUACCUGGAGAAGCCUCGAUGGGUGAUGUUGUCAAAGAAUCGGGCCGCUUCUACAGGCGAGGAAGAGGUCGAGCUCGACCUGGAUGAUCUGGAACAGGACGACAUUGAAGAGAACGGUCUGGUUAACUCGAAGCUCAAGGGGAGCGAAGGCAACGAGUCUUACUUUUACUCCAGAGAUAAUUUUAAGAUCACGUCUUAG